CCCCGCCGCCCGCCGCCAUGUACCUGCACCCGGAGGCUGCCCCCGCAGGGGCUCCCUCCCGCGAUGUCCUCCUCGUCUCAGCCAUCAUCACCGUCAGCCUUAGCGUCACCAUCGUCCUCUGCGGGAUCUGCCAGUGGUGCCAGCGCAAACUGGGUAAGCGUUACAAGACUUCCCUGGAGACUGUGGGGACUCCGGACUCCAGCCGAGGCCGCAGUGAGAAGAAAACCAUCAACGAUCUAGACAGAGACUUUUGGAAUAACAAUGACAACACAGUGCAGCAGAAAUGGAGCUCCUACCCUCCCAAGGAGUUUAUACUAAACAUUUCACCUUACGCCCCGUACGGUGACCCGCGCCUUUCCCUCAAUGGCUCUCUGUUAUCAGGGGCCAAGCUGACGGCAUCGGCCGCGGCGGGGUUGGCUGGGGACCGCGACGGCCGCCCUGGGGACAAGCAGCGGCUCGGCGAGGACGGCCUGAGGAGCAGCAUCUCUGCCCACAGCGAGCCCGGCGCGGGGAAGGCAGCGCGAGGCCGCUGGCACACGGUGCAGAGCCACUUGGCCGCAGGGAAGCUCAGCCUGUCCAAUUUCGAGGACUCCACCUUGUCCACAGCCACUACCCUUGAGUAUAUCCCCACCUCAGCAGGCGACCCCAAAUGCCAGAGGCCCCGCACGCUCAUGCGCCAGCAAAGUCUGCAGCAGCCCCUCAGCCAGCACCAGCGCUCCAACCACAGCCAGCCCACCACCAGCCAGAGCCUGGGUCACCUCCAGGCUCACAGCGGCUCCUCGGCCGGCACCGGCACCGGCACCGCCCGGGGCUCCCGCGGGGGCCAGGCGCGCCCCGGCAUCGCCGCCGGCUCCAAGCAUCAGACGGCCGGCGGCCGGAGCCGCUCCAACCCCGGCAGCUGGGACCAUGUGGUGGGGCAGAUCCGCAACCGCGGCUUGGAUAUGAAGUCCUUCCUGGAAGGCCGGAUGGUGGUGUUAUCCCUGGUUUUGGGACUCUCAGAGCAAGAUGACUUUGCCAAUAUCCCCGACCUGCAACCCGCUGGGACGCAGCCGAACCAGCCGAACGCUCAGGGGGACAAGAGGUUACCGGCCGGUGGCAAGGCGGUGACCACGGCACCGGUGCCCGGGCAGCCGCCGCACGAUGAGUCCGACCGCAAGACGGAGCCUCGCUCCUCCGUCUCCGACCUGGUCAACUCCCUGACCAGCGAGAUGCUCAUGCUCUCUCCGGGCUCCGAGGAUGACGAGGCCCACGAUGGCAUCAGCCGGGAGAACCUGGGCCGCAUCCAGUUCAGCGUCGGCUACAACUUCCAGGAGUCCACCCUGACCGUGAAGAUCAUGAAGGCGCAGGAGCUGCCGGCCAAGGACUUCAGCGGCACCAGCGACCCCUUUGUCAAGAUCUACCUGCUCCCCGACAAGAAGCACAAGCUGGAGACCAAGGUGAAGCGGAAGAACCUCAACCCGCAUUGGAAUGAGACCUUCCUCUUCGAAGGGUUCCCCUACGAGAAGGUGGUGCAGCGGGUGCUGUACCUCCAGGUGCUGGACUACGACCGCUUCAGCCGCAACGACCCCAUUGGGGAGGUGUCCAUCCCCCUCAACAAGGUGGAUCUCACCCAGAUGCAGACCUUCUGGAAGGACCUGAAGCCCUGCAGCGAUGGCAGCGGAAGCCGUGGGGAGCUGCUGCUGUCGCUGUGCUACAACCCCUCCGCCAACUCCAUCGUGGUGAACAUCAUCAAAGCACGGAACCUCAAAGCCAUGGACAUCGGGGGCACGUCAGACCCCUACGUGAAGGUUUGGCUGAUGUACAAGGACAAGCGGGUGGAGAAGAAGAAGACGGUGGUGAUGAAACGGUGCCUGAACCCCGUCUUCAACGAGUCCUUCGCCUUCGACAUCCCCACGGAGCGGCUGCGCGAGACCACCAUCGUCAUCACCGUCAUGGACAAGGACAGGCUGAGCCGCAACGAUGUCAUCGGCAAGAUCUACCUGUCCUGGAAGAGCGGCCCCGGGGAGGUGAAGCACUGGAAGGACAUGAUCGCCCGUCCCCGGCAGGCAGUGGCACAGUGGCACCAGCUGAAGGCCUGAGCACCCCCACCACCCCCCCCCCCAAACCAAGGACUGCGGGGCCGGGGGUCCCCCCACCUUCCCAGCGCCCAUCACCCUUCCUCAGGCCUCCCAGGUGGGAGGGAGCUGAGGCACCAGCAGGACAGCGCCCGGCUCGUGGGGACCCUGCGGUAGGAGGGGGAUGGAGCCCACCAACCCCUUUGCUUUCACCUCAUCCCAGCGCUGGGGUACCCAGGACCCACCCCCCAACCCCCCCCCCCCAGCUUGGAGAUGGGUGCCAGACCCCCCCCAUCCCCAUCCCACCAUUGGGCAGGACUUCAAUGAGUGCUUCCAGCCCCGCUCCCUGGGAGCCCCUCUGCCCCUUCCCAGCCUCAACACACCCCCCCCCCCCAUUGCAGGGGGCCAGGCAAGAGGGGUCCCCCCCUUUCCCUUCCCCUUCCAGCUCAAUAGAACCUCUCCGAGCCGUCAGCGUCGCCUGAGCAGGGCCAUGGAGCUCCCCCCUUCCAUUGCCCAUCCUCAUCCCCACCGCCCUCCCCAAACCCCCUGUUGGGGUGGGAUGGGGAAGGUGGGGGCACCCAUGGGAGGGGGUAACCCCCAUUCCCGGGCCAGGCGCGGGCUCCUGGGAUCGGAAGCCAUGACACAGUUCGAUAGCCAAAGCGGGCUCGUUUGUGCACUGCCUUUAGCUGGGUUUGAUGCUUUACCUCCGUCCAUGGGCUCGCUGGGAGCAGGAGGUCGAGAACCCCAUCCUGGGGCUCACCCCACUGCGUGGGGACCACCCCCCCUCCAUCCUGCCCCUAACCCAGCUUUCACCCCACGUUACCCCCACCCUGGGCUUGUCCCCAUAGGGCUGGGCAAGGGACUGGCCUUGACCCAUGUGGUGGUACCCACAAAGGGAUGCUGAGCCCCAGAGCAUCCCCUUCCAGCCAGGCUGACCCCCAUGAGCCCUGUGCCCAGCGCUGGGGUCCCUGGGGAUAGGGGACGGAGCAAGUGCCAUUGUCCCCAUCCUGGGUAGGUGGCAUUCCUUGGGGCAGCCAGCCUGGCAGGAGCAGUGCCAGCAUCUCCCAUUGGGAUUCAUGUGCCAGAUCCCUGCCAGCUCCCUGGGGUCGAGGCUAUGGGACCCUCCUGGGAGCCCCAUGGGGUGCAGGGGUUUGGGGGUGACAAUGGUGUCACCCUGUGGUGGUGAGCUCCCCAUGGGGCACAUGGGUGCUGGCAGGACCCCAGCAGCACUGGGUAUGAUGUGACAGCACCCACAGCAGCAGGAGGGGAAGAGGUGGGUGCUGCCAGCUCCGCAGCCAUCUCAGGUAGGGCACAGCCACCCAUGGGCACCCAUAGCGAGCCCAU